AUGAGAGUAAUAUAAGAGGGAUUUAGAGCAAAAUAUUAAGCGGAAAAAAUAAAGAAGAUGCCAAAGCCUAAGAAAUAAGAAAUUAAAUUGAAAAGCAUCAAGAAGUUUAAAGAUAUGCCUUUAAUUUAGGCGAAAAAAGAAGAUUUGAGUUAGGAUUUUGCGUAUGAUUUGCAAACAUCAUUAGAAAUAGUUGAUCAAUUAAAAAAACAUGAAACCACUAGGUAGUAGUUAAAAUAGUUUUAAGUCAAUAAAAAACAAGCUCUAAAGGUAUCAAAGAAGGUAGAUUUUAAUUAAAAUCAAUAGUUUGUUCAAUUUCAAAAACAAAAGACUUAAUAAAGAUGGACUAUUAUUUCAAAAUAACUGUAUACUCAUCAGAAAAAUAUUGAAGAAUUGCUUACUAACCUUUUUAGUCUUCAAUGCUUCUUUAAUUUAGCAAAAAUUUAAAAGAAAAUAAGGCUGAAUUAAUUAAUAGACUCAAUAGAACUUCUCUUGGAAGAAAAAACAAAACAAAAAUAAACUAAAACAAGAAUACUUUUUCAAAUUUUAGCACAAAAAAGAUAAUAGCAAAUAAAAAUGAAAGCAAUAAUGAAAACAAUUUAUGAAGAGAAUCGUAAGUUGAGGUUAUCAAGUAAAGAAAAACUUAAUUACAGAGAUGAAUAAGAAGUAAAUAAUCAAAUUUAAUAUCUAAGUUAAAAUGAAUUUAUAAUUUCUUUGCAAGAAAACUUCAAAGAAGAAAUAAUGGAAAGUUAAAACUCAAUUAAAGAAAAAGUAGAAUUUUCAAAUCAAAAAAUUAAAAAUCUUGUUAAAGUAAAAAGCGAAAAGCUUUAAUAAAUAUUUCGAGUUGCCUGUUAAUUAAAUUAAAGAGAAAUAUCAAAUGCAUUGAGAGCCUAAUCUAAAACAUGUGAAAGGUUGAUGCUAAGAAAAAUGUAAACAGAAACUCUUAAAAAAAGCUAAUAUUAAGAAAAAAAGGAGUGCUUUGAAGUAAGGCCAGGAACAAGUAAAAAUAAAAAUUAGAAAAUUAAUGAUGACAAUCGAGAAUAGCAUCAAAAAAAACUAGAUGAUAAACAAUAUUAGAGGAGGUUUUAAGUAGCUACAUGCGAUAGCUAUUAGCAGAGGAAAUUUAAGCAAAGUCUUUCUUCAUAAAUGGAAAUUAAUUUUAGCAUAUCCUAGGUUCAAAGAAAUAAUCUGCAAAAUUUAGUUUUGAAAAAUCAAAUAGAUUAAUUCAAUAAAAAAUUAAUUAGCCAUGUCUACAAGCAUAAAUUAAGAGAAAAUAAUGAAAAUAAUAAAAUUUAGUAUCUAGAUUAAUUCAAAGAAGAAACAAAAAGGUUAACUUCAAGCUUUAUUUCUGAAAACCAGUUAAGAUUGAGGAAGUAACAAAGUUUUAAUUUCUCAUUUGCUAAGAUAAUAAACACACAUUUUGAAUCAUCAGGGAAGUCUGCAUAUGAUAGUUAGAAAAACUAAUACAAUCACUAGUAAUAAUUUAAAAUUUAAAAUAUUUAAGAGGAUGCAUUUACUAAUAACAAAAGCUAUUAAUAACCAAUCAAUUGUGAAUAUCGCUUUAGACUUUAUUGGGAUUAUAUUUUCCAGCUGUUUUAACUAUCAAAAUUGAAUUUGUAUGAAAUUUAUGAGCUCAAAAAAUAGAAAAGCGAAUUUAGAAAAUUAAGAAGCAUAUUAAAAUUUAAAGAAGACAAACUUUUUGGUGGAGGAGUAUGUGGCAGUAAGUCAAAAGUUGCGCCUAUAAACAGAGUUUAUGUAUAAAAGAAUCAAAGGGAUGAUGAAAUCACUUUUAAAAUGUUUAAUGAAUAAUAUAAAAUAUAUUUCAAUAAACAUAAAAUAAGUGAAAAAGAAAUAGAAGGACAUGUAAGAAGGAUGAUUGAAAAUAGUCUUUAUGAUUAUAGAGAAGACAUAAUUUAAGUUAAAAUUAGACAUAAAGUUAUUGAUAUGAUUAAUUUAUUAAUCAAUUAUUUUCUUAUCAUUAGAUAAAGCAAGUCAACUUAGUCAAUACAAUCUGAUAUUAACUUAAUAAACAAUAAGUUGGAAACACUUAUUAUAUAUUGCAAAGAGAAUAAAGAGAGACAUCCUUGUUUGGAUCUUUAUCAAUAUUUUGAUAUCUUAAAAACUUUGAAUGGUUAAAGAUAAGGUUUAGAUGAAAUUAAUAAAAGUGUUGCAGCCUAAAUUAUUUUAAAUGUUAUUCAAGUUGCUAAAUUUGGAGCUGGAUUUGUCAGUAUAGCUGGAGUUUUCUAAAAUUUUAUUAAUAUAUAAAAAGAUUUAAACGAAAUAAAGGAUUUUAUCAAAAAAAUUUAUCAGCCUUCAAUUGAUUUAGCAGAAAAAGGACUUGAAAGCUAUUCUAAUUACAACUCUAAUAAUAUUGCAAAUAAUAUGUAAGCAUUGUGGCUUAGAAAAGUUUAUUAUCUGGGAGAUAAUCUUUCUCAGUAAGAUCCAAUUUAAGAAAUCAUGUUUUAUUUAGAAGAAUAUCCUAAAAUAGUAAAUAAAGACACACAAUUGUUUGUUUUCAUGCAAUUAAAUUAUUUAUUGUCAAAGCAAUAAAUAGAAGAUAAUUUCUAAAAGAUUUCUAAAAGAUUUGAAAAUGAGUAAAAGCAAGAACUUAUUAUAAAAUUAUCAAAUAAUCUGUAAGUUAAAAAAUAUUCUGAAACCAUUUUAGAUAAAAUAAAAAUGAUAGCAAAUUUAAUAGCUUAAAACACUUAAUUUAGAUAUAUUAAAGCAUAGUUACUCUUAUACUUUGCUAAAAUAUUUUAAAAGACAAAUUAAAAUUAAUUUCAAAAUAUUACUAUAAAUAUAAUAGCUAAUUACUUGUAAGAAAAAGAAAAAUCUGUUAAAAUUAUUUAUCAAAACAAUUAAAUUAUUAGAGAUUUUAAUGAUAACCAUCUUAAUCUUACUAAAAAAUAAAUCUUAGAUCAAAUAAAUGAGAACACAAAUUAAAUAACAGAUUAUUUAGAUGAUAAAGAAAAAUUCAGUAAUUUUGCAUAUAAAAUUUAAAAUGAAAUAGACUUAGAUAAGUAACUUGCUAAGAAUUAUGUUGAAUUGUGGGAAUAAAGUGUGCAGCAGAGGUAGAAAAAAUUAAAAAUGACGCAUAAAGAUGAUGCAUUACUUGAAGCCAUUCAUUUAUAUGUUAAUUAAUAGAUUACAUACUAGGAAGGUUAUAAAAUUAACACAGAAGGAAGAGAUGCUGUAAAAUAGAUUAUUGAAUAAUUCCUCAUUCCAAAUUUUGUAUUUUCUUCUGAUGAUAGCUAAAACAAAGAGGAAAGCUAGUUUUAAAGUUAAGAAGUAAAUUAAAACAAGUGUAAAAUCAUAUCAAUUUUAGCAGAAGGAGGUUCGGGAAAGUCAAUGCUGUUAAAAAAGUUAGAAGUUGAACUACUGAAUCGUGAUUCAGAAUACACAAAAGAUACUAGAUCUUAUUUCAUUCCGUUUAUCAUCAAGUGCAACUCUUUAGAUAGAAAAUAACCAUCUUUAGAAGACUAUUUAGAAUCUGUGAAAAUAAAGAGAAAAGACAUCGAUAUGUUAAAGAACUCUGAAAGAAAUAAACUAAUCAUGCUCGAUGGUUAUGAUGAAUAUACUGGAGAAUACUUUAAGGUUUAUGAGAAAUUAAAACUCAACGAUUGGGUAAAUACUCUCGUUAUUGUAACUUCUAGAUUAGAGAAAAUAGCAAUAUCUGAUGCUAAAAAGUACUUUAACUACUAUGAUAACUAAGGAAAAUAAGCUAAAAAUAAUAAUUCGUUUGGAAUCUACAAGCUCCAAAAAAUUACAGAUAAAGACAUUGAAGAUUACUUAGAAAAGUAUUAAAAAUAUUCAAAAAAAAAGAAAGAUUUUCACGAUUUAAUUAAAGAAAUUAUAUCCAAAAAUAAAUAGCUAAAUAAAUUACUAGAGCUACCUAUUAAUUUAUACCUAAUAUCAAGAAUGAUUGAAGAAAUUGAUAUUACUGAUCAAAAAAUUUCAAAUGGCUUGUCGCAAGUUUCAGAUCAGAUUGAGAUAUAAGAGUUUUUUUUCUUAUAAAAAUUCAAAAGCCAAUCUCAAAUUUUUAUUGAAAAAUAAUAAGAGCUAAAUUUAAAUGAUAAUUAAAGACAAGAAUUAAUUGAAAAAGUAUAAUAAUGUUACUUUGAAUACUUUUAGUUAAUUGCUAUGCAAAUGUUUAUUUAAAAAGGUUAAAAAUCAAAUUAUCUUUCAACAACAAGAGAGUCUAUUCAAUUUUAACCAAGUGAAGAGGUAUCUGUUCUCUUCAAUAAAUAUAAUCUCAAUAUAAAUAGCCUCAUAUAAAAUCUAAAUAACUAUAUUGAUUGUAAAGUCAUAACAAGAAUUAAUUUAAAAUUAGAUGCAGAAAAUACUAAGAAUCAAUCUUAAAAUAAUAAAUAGAAAGAUUAAUAGGAAAACAAUAAAUGUUAAGAAUUUGAGUUCAGACAUAAAUCUCUUUUUGAAUAUUUUGCUGCCAGGGCUAUGAAAUAUGAUUUUGAUAUUCAUAAAGAAAAUAUCUAUGAAUUAGAUAUAAAGUAACUAAAAGAAUUCAAUAUAAAUAAAAGAAUUAUCAUGAGCAACCAAAGAAAUGCAUCAGAGCAAUAAAUUCUUUUAAAACUUUAUAAAUUAAUGUAAAUUGAUAUUCACUCAUAGUUUUCAGAGAAUAAUUAUAGUGAAUAAGACAUAUCUAAAACAAAUAAGUACAUUCAAUUUAUUAAAAAAUCUACAAUUUUAAAACCCACUGAAAAAAGCUAAAUUGAUGUUGGAGCAUCAAAUUUAUUAUCAGCACUCUUUCUUUCAAAAUUCUUAUUUCCAGAUUUGAUUUUUAAAAAAUGCUCAUUUUCUUAAGCUUACAUCUCUUCUAAAUAUCCUAAACUUGCUUAAUUUGAGGAAUGUAACUUAAGUGAUUCGUUUAUUCACUAACAAGAUUUAGAAAAUUAUGAAACUUCUAACACUAAAAAUGCAGCUUUUAAUAGUUUCUAAAAAUAGUUUGAUACUGAAGACAUUUAUUCUUUUAAGCAAGUUAUAUUUUAUAAAAAUACUCUUGUAUCUAUAACAAAAACUGGAUAUAUCAAUUAAUUUGAAAUUUCUCAAAAUAAAAAUCAACCAUGUAAAAAAUUAUAAUCAAAAAAAAUUACUAAUUCCCGUUUGGAAAGUAUUGAAUAUGCUAGCACAAAAAAUGUUUUUAUAAUUAGAGCGAUUCGAUCUUUAUUUGAGAUUAAUACUCAAACUUUUGAGACAAUUAAUACUUUCUCUUUUGCACAUCCUAUUUCCAGCUUAGCAAUAAAUAAUUCAAUGUACUUAGUUACCUUAAACACACAAUAAAUAUUUUAUGGAGAUUUAUAAAAUGAUUUCAUACUUCUAGAUGAAAAUAAAAUUUAAGAUUUUAAAAUUAUAUAAGAGAUAAAAAAUGAAUCUUGUAAUUUGGCUGUAUCUUCCUUUACUUCAGAUGGCAAGUAUCUUGCAAUAAAGAUCAAUGAUAAGAUUUGUAAAAUAUUGAAUACAGGAAAUAAAUUCAAACUAAUAUAGAGUAUUGAUGAAGGUUAGGUUUAAAUUUCGUAAAUAGCUUUUUCUCCUGAUGGUAAGUAUCUGGCAAUCAGUUCAAAUAAGAAAACUUCCAUAUUUUAGAAUAAAGAAAAGGGAUUCUAAUUAAUAAAAUCUAUUGAUGAAGGGUAAAACAAAAUAGUUAACUCAAUUGUUUUUUCUGAAGAUGGAAAGUAUUUUGCAAUGGCUUCAGAAGAUAAUACUUGCAAAAUAUUGAAUGUAGAAAAUAACUUCGAAUGCAUAAAUACUAUUGAAGGACAUACUGAUUCGGUCUCUUCUGUUGCUUUUUCUGCUGAUGGUAAAUAUCUUGUAACAGGUUCUUAGGAUAAUACUUGCAUAUUAUGGGAAGUAAAAAAUGAAUUAUAAAUGAUACAUACUAUAAAAGGACAUACUAAAAAGAUCUCUUCGGUUGCUUUUUCUGCUAAUAACAAGUACCUUGCAACAGGUUCUUUGGAUAAAACUUGCAAAAUCUGGGAUCUAGAUAAAUUAUAACAUAUUAAGACAAUUGAAGAUCCUACUUCAGAAAUUUGUUAAGUUGCAUUUUCUCCAGAUAGCAAAUUUCUUGCAACUAGUUCUUACUAAAAUACAUGCAAAAUCUGGAAUGUAGAAAAUGAAUUUAACAUUUUAAAAACUAUCCAAACUGGUGAUGAUAAUAUAAUAUGUCAUAUAGCUUUUUCUACUGAUGGUAAUUAUUUGGCAACAACAACUCGUUAAGGUAAUAGUGUUUGCAUGAUAAAUAUCUGGAAAGUAAAAAAUGAUGGAUUUGAACAGCUUAAAACAAUUGAAACUGGCCAUACUAAUGAGAUUAGCUCACUUGCUUUCUCUGCUGAUUGCAAGUAUCUCGCAUCAGGUUCACAUGGCGCAUGCAAUAUUUGGAAUGUAUAAGAUGGAUUCUAAAAAGAAAUUACUAUUAAAGAAGAUAUUAAUAAAGUUUCUUCAAUUCAUUUUUCUGCAGAUAGCAAGUACCUAGCAACUAGUUCAUUUGAUGAUAAGACUUGCUAAAUCUGGAAUGUAGAAAAUAAAUUUAAACUCAUAAAUAAAAUUUAAGGACAUGAAAGCUGUAUUUUCUCAAUAGCUUUUUCUGCAGAUGGAAAAUAUCUAGCAACAGGUUCAAAAGAUAAAACUUGCAAAUUAUGGAAUUUAGAAUAAGGAUUUGAACUCAUGAAUUAGAUUAUUGGUGACAAUAAUUAUUUGAAUGUUUGUUCAGCUAUUUUUUCUUCAGAUAACAAAUAUUUAGCAACAGUCUAAGGUGACAAUACAUGUAAAAUUUGGAGUGUAGAGAAUGGAUUAGAACUAAUUUACACUAUUGAGAAUCAUCCUAAUUAGAUUUUAUCAGUUAUUUUUUCUUCAGAUGGUAAAUACCUUGCAAUAGGUUCAAAAGAUUCGACAUGUAAAAUCUGGAAAAUUAAAAAUGGUUUGGAGCUAAUAAAAACUAUCAACGCACAAAAUGAUAAAAUUAACCCAGUUGCUUUUUCUAUAGAUGGCAAGUACCUAGCAACAUAUUGUAUGGAUAUGACUUGCAAAAUCUGGAAUAUAGAAAAUGGAUUUAAACUAAUUAAUACAGUUAAAGACCAUUCUUAAUAAAUUUCCUCAGUUGCUUUUUCUGCUAAUUACAAAUAUCUUGCAACAGGUUCUAUUGAUAAAACUUGUAAAAUCUGGAAUGUAGAAAAUAAUUUUUAACUUAUAAAGGACAUUAAAGAACACUCAAAAGAUAUUUAUACAGUUGAUUUUUCUUCAGAUGGGAAGUUUCUCGUAACAGUUUCACAUGAUUGCUACUGCAAAAUCUGGAACGUAGAAAAUAAAUUCAAACUAAAAAAAAAGAUAGAAAUUAAUCCUAAAAGUAAAAUAUCAGUUAGUUUUUCUGCAGAUUCCAAAUAUUUAAUAACAUGUUCCUAUGAUUUUACAUUUAAAAUUUGGAAUACAGAAAAUGAAUUUUAACUCAUUCAUGAGAUUAAAAUAGAUCAUCCUUAAGGUAAUUAAGAAGGUUUUUCUAAAAUUUCUAAAGAUUGUAAGUAUUUAGCAACCAUUUCUUUAGGUAUUUGUAAAAUCUGGAAUGUUGAAAAAGUUUUGAAACUGUUGAAUAAAAAUGGAGCAUAAAAUAACGAUACUUAAGCAGUUUCUUGUUAGACAAAGAUUUAAAAUAUUAAAAAUAUUUUCUAAUAAGUUUAUUAACUGUGA